UAUCUCUCCCUCCUCCCCUCGUAUCUCUCCCUCCUCCCCUCGUAUCUCUCCCUCCUCCCCUCGUAUCUCUCCCUCCUCCCCUCGUAUCUCUCCCUCCUCCCCUCGUCUCCCUCCCUCCUCUCCAGGCUCGUCGGUCAAAUUGAGUCCCAGCCUUCUGAUGCUGAGAGCAGGGUUAGGACUCGGCAACGGUAAAUCCCCAAAGAGAAAACUUUUCAGCAGUGCUGGACCCCCCAGGAAGAGACUGACUCUAGGGACCCAUCCAGAGGAGGAGACCGACACAGGAACAGAGGGCAGUCUGUGGGAAGCUUCCAUGGAGUUUCUGGAGACCAACUAUGAUGAAGAUGAGGAUGAUGAUGAUCAGGCCUUCCUCACGGCCCCCUCCUCUCCUGUCUCGUUGUUGGGUGGGUGUCGGCUGGGCCUGGCUCGCGUUGCCAUGGAGACAGUGCCCCUACAGUACUGCCCGGCAUCCUGGGAGGAACAGGCGGUUGCCGUGGAGAUGCAGACAGGAGAGUUCCAGAACUUUCGGUGUUGCAGAAGUCUCGAGAAUUACAGCCCGACAGUGAGCUACACCCAGACUGGACACUACACACUCACACUCAGAGCUUUAUCUGACGGAGUGGUGGUCGAUGCAGUGUUCCUACCUGGUAGCUCUGCUACCAGCGCCCCUACAGGCCCCUCCCCUCCACAUGGCCCCUCCCACUCCGACCACUGGUUCACCAUCCUGACACACGGAGGCUUUUCACCACACACACCUCCACCUGCACCAGCGGAUCUGAUCGCAACGGCCUCCCAGCUGGCCAAUCAGAGGCUGGUGUGUGUUCUGGAGUUGUGUCUUCUGGGAGGAGACAGAUUGGAGGUGAUCCUGAGUAGAGCCUUCCCUCUGAGAGACUGACCUCUUCAUCAUGCGUCAUAUUCAAGUCUAAUCUACUGUAUGUGGGAGUCAACUAAAUGUUUGGCAUUAUAUGAUCUUAGCGAAUCACACGAUUGUAAGGUGUGGCUCCGAAUCAAGAAUAGUGCAGAGUGGGAGAUGAUUGGUUAAAGAAAAGCCAAUGCGAAGCCUUUCUUGCUGAUUUUCUAUUGGUGACAGAAUUUUUCAGACUUUUUCUAUUGGUGAGUGAAGAUGGCUUUUGUUCACGAGACUUUCCAUGGAAGGAGAAAAGAGGAAGGAGGAACGACAUUACGAAAAGACUGAAACGCACUUCCUUUCUCUCUCACACACACACACACUCACACACACCCUUUCUCUCUCUGACACACACACACUCUCACACACACCUGACUGUGCAUUGAUGUUAAUGAAUGUAAAGCCAGCUAUUUUAUGUUGUUUGAAACCGUGUUUUACAGGUGAAGGCUUAAUAAAGUAAGUACUAUGUA